AUGUCUGCGUCUAUCGAACAGCGCAAUCAGGAUGCCACCUGCUACACCGGCAACCUCGACUCCUCCGUAACGGAAGCGCUGCUGUGGGAGCUGAUGAUCCAGGCGGGGCCCGUGGCGAACGUUCACAUGCCCAAGGACAAGAUCACGGGAGUCCACCAGGGCUUCGGGUUCGUCGAGUUCCGCAGCGAAGACGACGCGGAGUACGCCAUCAAGAUCAUGAACAUGGUGAAGCUCUUCGGCAAGCCCCUUCGCGUCAACAAGGCUUCCCAGGACAGAAAGGCGAACGAUGUGGGAGCGAACCUUUUCAUCGGGCAGCUAGACCCGGACGUGGACGAGAAGAUGCUGUACGAUACCUUCUCAGCCUUCGGAUUCAUCACGCAGACGCCCAAGGUCAUGAGGGACCCGGACACGGGCAUGUCCAAGGGCUAUGGCUUCGUCAGCUAUGACGGGUUCGAGGCAAGCGACAAGGCGAUCGAGUGCAUGCACAACCAGUACCUGUGCAACCGGCAAAUCUCGGUGCAGUACGCCUACAAGAAGGACACUCGGGGGGAGCGGCACGGCGGACAGGCGGAACGACUGCUGGCCUCCAACAACCCCAGCAAGUUCAAGGUGCACACCCUGUUCUCCGUGGCUCCCGGGAAGAUCGAGGGCUCCGCGCCCGCGGCCGGUGGGAACGGGGGGAUGGGGAUGGGAGGGGCUCCGCCGCUGCCUCCUCCUCCUCCGCCGCCGCGGGGGGGGGGAGGGAUGCCCCGGGGGAUGCCGCCGCCGCCGCCCCCUGGGUACGGAAGGGGUUACCCGCAGCACAUGGCCCCGCAGCACAUGAUGCCUCACGUUGGGAUGCGGCCUAACAUGGGCAUGCCGAUGGGGAUGCAGCGAGGAGGGGGAGGCUACAACAUGUACGGGGGCCCGCCGCCGCCGCCCCAGCAGAUGAUGGGCAUGCCCCCACCGCCCCCGAACGCAGACAUGGGCCGCCCACCCCCGCUCCCGCCGAGCCAGCAGCCGCCCCCGCCACCCCCCGCAUCACCUUCUCCCGCGUCAGCGCCGCCGCCGCCGCCGCCGCCGUCUUCCUCCGGUAGUUCUGGCCCUCCGCCGCCGCCGCCGCCCUCGGCGGGUAGCAACAACGGGGCCGGCGGCGGCAGCGGCGCCCCCCCCCCGCCCCCCGUGGCAAACGGCGGGGCUCCUCCUGCUGGGGAGCGGCCCGACCGCCGAGAGGGAAACGGGCCGCAGAUGGGAGGAGGGGGAGGGGGGCGAGGGCCGCCGCCGCCGCCACCGCCGCCACAGCGAGAGAUGGGAGGAGCAGGAGAGGCGGGGGGUGGCGGCGGUAGGGAUAUGGGGCCUGGUUACCAGGGCAUUGGCGGCGGCGGCGGCGGCGGCGGCGGCUCCGGAAUGAUGCCGCCGCCGCCACCGCAUCAGCAGCAGGGCAUGGGAGGUGGGCCGCCGAGGGGGUUCCCUCAGCAGCAGCAAGGCGGGGGGGGCGGGAUGGGACGCGGGCCACCCCCCCCGCCACCGCCGGGCGGAAGGCGCGACAACAUGCAACAGCAGGUGUUCUGUGGCGUGACCCAUCCACCGAUGAAGAUGCUCUGCUUUUAG